AUGGGUUUGCAACAGUUUUUCGCCAACACCUCGCUCAUAACGUACGGCAGGGCAAUUCGCUCAGCGCCUCGCAACGUUAUCCUCAGUCCAGUUUUGCUUAUAUCAGCUUUGAUUUACGCCUCAGCGGGCAUCGUUCUUACAUGGGACCAAGGCGCCGGUGCAUCCGUUCCUUCUUUGAAAGGUUUCAGCGACCAAUUUUCUAUCAAGUCAGGCUCCAACGCUGAAUCCGUUCGAAGUUUUGUAGCUCUGGUAUAUAUCGGAGAUGCGAUCGGGGCGGGCCUUAGUUUCUUUCUGAACGAUCGUGUUGGACGACGUUGGGCAUAUCGAUGCUAUACCGCCGUUUGGAUCUCCGGUUACAUAACCCUUGUUAGUUCGCGCACUGUAACCGGGCUGUACGCCUCCAGAAUUAUCGCGGGUAUAGGCAUCGGGGCCUUGAGUGUCUCUAGCCCCAUGUCGAUCAUUGAGAUUGCACCUCCGGAAAUACGGGGUCUGCUGGGAGCAUGGUACACCGUUUGCCAGGGCUUGGGCCUUAUGACUUCAAACUUUUGCAUCUAUGGCAUCCAACUGCAUGUUGCAGCCAGCCGCCUCCAGUAUCAAAUUGCUUACUGCGCCCCCAUCAUUUUCAUGUCUACAUUGGUAGUCGCCAGCUUUUUCAUUCCUGAAUCUCCGCGCUGGCUGAUAUUGGCCGACCGUCAUGACGACGCAAAAGCCGCCUUAGUUCGACUUCGCCGGCUGCCAGAGGACCACCCCCGGGUCGAAGAUGAAAUGCGUGAGAUCGUAGAGUCUCUGCGUGGAGAGACAGAACUCAAUAACCAUUCCUUAUCUUCGUUCCAUAGUAUUGGGGUGAUCGUUCGGGAGACUUUUACCACAAAGGCGAAUUUACGCCGGUUACAACAAGUCCUAGUUCUUUAUGCGCUCCCGCAACUGUCCGGUGGCAACUCUUUUACUAACUAUUUCAUACCUAUCCUAAAAAUCGUUGGGGCUUAUGAGAGCUCCACGCAUGGACUUUUGCUUAACGGCCUUUACGGAAUGUCAAAAUUCUUCUUUAGCUUGAUUGUUUCAUUCUUUUUGAUCGAUGUGGUGGGACGCCGUGGAUCCCUACUGCUAGGCAUAUCUAUUCAGUUGAGUGCCAACAUAUAUCUCUCUGUAUACACCAAGUUGCAACAAGAUGGUAGAAGUACGCCGUUAGCCGCCAACGGAGCUUUGGCAUUUAUGUUCAUCCAGGCAUUUGGUUAUACAUCAGGUAAGAACCUGUACCCAACCCUAUGA